AUGAUUGCCCCCCGUUCACGUCGCCGGAUCCUUCUCUUCGCCAGCGCGAUCGUCCUCUUCUAUGUCUACCGCUUCUAUGCCCUACAACCAGACCUCAACCCUCAGUACUGGUCAUCGUCGUCGCCGUCGACCAUCUCGCGGCCGAGCGAUGAGAAGACAAAGGGCCCCUAUUGCCCGUCGCUUCCAGGGUUGGAGGACAUUCUCGUGGUGAUGAAGACCGGGGUGACGGAGUCGCAGGAGAAGGUGCCCGGGCACUUCAACUCGACGCUGGCCUGCGUGCCGCACUACGUGAUCUUCUCCGACUUUGAGGAGGAGAUCGGCGGCGUGCCCAUCCACGAUGCCUUCCGCAACAUGGACCCCAAGGUGACUCGCACGGUGCCCGACUUUGACCUGUACAACCGGCUGGUCACGCAUGGCCGCCCGGGGCUCGCGUUGCAGGACUUUGCCGACGAAGCCAACUCGGCGCUGGGGAAACCCAACAAUCCCGGCUGGAAGCUGGACAAGUGGAAAUUCCUGCCGAUGGUGCAGGAGACCCUGCGCCACCGCGCCGAUGCCCGCUGGUACGUCUUCAUCGAAGCCGACACCUACGUCUCGUGGCCGACCCUGCUCGCCUGGCUCGACACCUUCGACCCCUCCGAACCUUUGUAUAUCGGCACCGAAACCCAGAUCGCAGACGUCAUCUUCGCCCACGGCGGCUCCGGCUUCGUCCUCUCCCAGCCCGCCCUCCAGCGCGCCGCCGACGCCUAUCGCGCCGACCCGGACGCCCUCCACAGAUACACAGACGGCCACUGGGCAGGCGACUGCGUCCUGGGCAAAGUCCUCGCCGACGUCGGCGUGCCCCUCCACUACUCCUGGCCCAUCCUCCAGAACUCAAACGUCGGCGAGCUCGACGAGUUCUCCCCUGAUUUUUACCGCAAACCGUGGUGUUUCCCCGCCGUCGCCUUCCACCAUCUCUCCGCAGCCGAUAUCCAGACUCUCUGGGCCUUUGAACAGAACAGAUGGAAAUCAAAAACCACCCCCCUCCUCCACAGCGACAUCUUCAAAGAAUUCAUCUUCCCGCGUCUCUCCCCCCCCUCCAGAACAAACUGGGAUAACCUCUCCGGCCAGCCCCAUCCAACAAUCAACACCUUCGACGCCUGCGCCGAUUUCUGCGCCCAGAACCCUUCCUGCGUGCAAUUCUCCCUGCGUGACGAUCGCUGCUUCACCUCCGCUACCCCGAAGCUCGGCAGCCCUCAUGACUCGGCUCGCUCCGGCUGGAUCCUUGACUCUAUCCAGAAGAUGAUCGAGAUGGCGGGAAUCUGCCCGGAGCCGGAUUUUGGGCAUUAG